AUGCCGCCCAAGGACAUCGACGACAAACUCCUCCUCGCAGGACUGGAAACAAAAUGGGACUCGGCAGAUCGAUUGGCUGUACCGCAUCUUAACAUACCUAAAAACAGGCCGGACGACCACAGCCCGCCAAGUCCAUGCUAUUCAUAUGUAUCCAGUUCAAGUUCGGCGGCGCUCUCACCAUCAACGACCGAGUGGAGGUUUAAGCCUCUUCCCCCGGUCCCUGGUGUAAGUGAUAGCGCGCAUUCCAGAGGCUUCGGUAGAUCGAGUGGCGGGCAUAGCUCCCUCAGACGAGAGUCCCCCACGGGUUAUACGCCUCAACCUCUAGCACUCCGGCCUACGACGCCCCGUCCUAUGACGCCUAUGUCGACAUCCAGGCCUACCACUCCUCUACCUCAUGCAGCACCUUUUGGUGCAGUACCCCGGCCUACCACACCACGUCCCAUGACACCAGUAUCAUCGACUUCUAGACCUACAACUCCUCUUCCUCCAGCUGCACCCUUUGCUGCGAUACCCCGACCCAUGACACCCCCAUCCAUGUCAUCCCGACCGACAACCCCCCGACCGACAACCCCUAGGCCUACAACUCCUCGCCCUUCGACCCCCAGAUCUACAACCCCUCGGCCCACGACCCCCCGGCCUACAGUAUCAAUCCCAGAUACCCGAGCAGCUACGAAUCUGAGAAACGAGUAUACUCCGGGAUAUGAUAGCUUUUCCGCACCCGAAAGGGUUCCUGAAAAUGCUCAUAUGUGGCCGAAAACCCUAGGCCUCAAGACCGAGCAAUUGCCUCCUUUCCCGAGCGAUCACGGCUACGGUCAUAGUCCGAACGGGCUGAGCCCGGCUGAAAUGUACCCACAGCAGAAACAGCCAGUAAAGCAAUCUUCAAGUCAAGAACUCAAGCAGGACAGUGAUGACAAACCCCUAUGGCGGACGCUAAAGGCAGGAGUGCGGCGCGUCCUAACCCGCAAAGUUGUCUCCCAUGACGGCGGAGCAUUCAAGGCAGGCAAAUCUGGAAGAAACAAGCAUAAGAAUGCCCGCAGAGCAUCUAUUAUUGUUCGGAUGUCAAUGAUGCCCCCUGCUCAACACCCACAUGAGGCCGGGACUGACCCAGGUUUCAUUGACGGGAAGGAAGAUGAAGGCCGCUACGAAAACGCCAUCAAGCGAAUGAAGAACGUCCUGGCGAGUCUGCUUGAGGAUGGGUACUCCAUGGACGUGAUUCUGCAGGCAGAGGCCAACCAGCAGUUCCUUCGAUCUCUUUUCACGAGAGUGCAGAACGAGCCUCUACUUGGAGUUGAUACCGGGCCCCCUAUCCCAUCUGUACCGACUUCCCACUCCUCCCUGCCCUCGGAUCACACAUGCCCUUCCCUUCCCCACGAAAUUGGCCAGUCGGUCAAGCAGCCAGUUGAACAGCCUGGUGAACAGCCUGUUGGCGAUCUGAUUGACCGUCCUUUUAAUCCGUCAGUUGACCCGCUUUUUGAUCAGCCAAUUCACCAGCCUAGCCUGCGUGGUGACAACGAAAGCAGCUGGGAAUACGUCGGCUAUGGUGAGGAUGACACGUUCACCGAAGGUGCUCCCUCAGUGCGCUACUUCACAGGCACCGCCCCCGAUGAGAUAUCAGAACCGCGCAGUUCCUGCCCGCCAUUUGCCGCAGUAAUGGCCGCCCUAGACGACGAUCUACAACGGAUGACAUGCAGGCGAUGGAGCCUCUCCAAGCCCGGACUUGAAGACAUGAUUCUCCAUGUACUCCUACAGAUUGACGAUCUUGAUGACCUCUUCUCCUUUGCGCAAACCAGCAAAGCUACAUACCAUGUUUUCAAGCGCCACGAACUCCCCUUGAUGGAGAAUACCAUUCGACGCAGAUCGCCUGCCGCAUGGGAACUCCGUCAAAUGAGUGAUAUCAAUCAACAGACAGACCCGCAGGAUGUGCCCUCGGCAACUGUCUACUACCGCGCCGUUACCCGCGACCUGCGUGCCCUAGCCACUCUCAAGGGCCUGAUGAUGACAUACUGCCGGGCGGUUAUGCGCACCAGCUCGUACACGGCACUUUCCCGCCCUUCCGGCCCGGACGCCCGCCGGCUUGACGAUGCUAUCUGGCGCGUGUGGACAUUCUGCUUCAUCUUCGGAAUGCAGACGGGUCGAGAGAACGACAUAGACGGACAAGUCAGCUGGCUGCGCGGGGAAGUCCGGUCCCCGUUCCAGCCCUGUCCAGACCCGAAAGAUGUGGGCAGCAUUUUGUUCGACCCUCCUCCGGGAUUUGGGGAGGGUAAUCCCGGCGGCCUGUCCGUGAACGACAUGCAGGACAUGGAUGAGAUCUGGACAUGUCUCAAGUAUAUGUUAGGGUUCCUCCGAGGCGAGACCGAGCGUGCCCGUCGAUUUGGGGUUUUCCAAAAUGCAGGCGUUGCUCCGGAGCGAAACCAGGGGAUUAUCGUGCUGCACGAGUGGAUUAACUAUCUCUUGACGUUGGGACCCGAGGCAGUGGUGGAGCUGGCGCCGUUGGGGCCUGACACCCAUCCCGAAACGACGUUCCAGCGGGCGAUGUCGCGGGGAUGGACGACGUGGGAAGCUCCUCGACCUGGAGCGACGCGAAGCGCAUUCCUGACCGAUGCUCUAGGACGGGUGUCGGGGGGGUUGCGGCGGCUGGAGGAGUUGCAGACGACCUUGUGGUAUAAUUUUGUGUAG